ACUUUCUAGAGCCCCCGCAGUCGCUGCAGAUUAAAGUCAUUCGUGAAGUUUCAGGUUAUGAACAUGGACAGAACCUCAUACACUUAUCUGAUGAUCUUUUACAUAUUGGUUCCCAUCUAUGGAAGAACUGAAGGCUUGUUUCCUUCAUGUCGAGUUGGGCUGAUGGUGCGGAGAGGCACGGCGCUGAAGAGAGUGCCACACCAGCCUGUGACGAUCAGCUGUCCCGUCAAACACUGUGGACAGUCAGUGAACGUCAGCUGGUGUAAAAUACUGGACACAAACAUCUGUGAACGGAUCAGAAACACACAGAAUGUGGAAAUAAGACAGAGAGACGACAAUGCGAAGAAUGAACUGGUCUCUAGUUUAACUUUCAAAUGGAUUUCUGCUCAAGAUGGUGGCCUGUACAGAUGUGAUUUAAAAGGAUACGGAUUUGAGGAAAUCAGUCACACCAUCAACAUCUCAGUUUCAGACAAACAUAAGGAGGCUGAGUCAACUCACAAAGUUGCUGUUGAGCCACUGUCCGCUCCUGGUGAUGAGGCUGAGGCCUGGCUGCCCUACUUCUACAUCUGUGCUGGCAUCGCUCUUGUGGUUUUCACAUUAUCGGCAUUUACCCUCCUGAGUUCUUACGGCUGGAAACAAAUACUGACCCACAAGUCAACGAAGGGGAAGGAAACAUCCACUCGUACAAUACCGGACCUGCCCAUGUGGAGCGCUCCUUCCUCUCCCGUCAUGUUUGUUCCAAGCGACAUCCACUCUCCAGGGACACCACCUUCCCUGAUCACCAAUGGGAACCAGCCUUUGGCGAAGGCCGCAGAUGAGCGUAAAGCAUCUCUCUGUGCCGUGUACGCCACCGUCGACCAUACACAGGCUGGGAGACCUGUCAGUAAGCAGCACGCUGCCUCUGAAGAAGAUAAAGCCCCUCAGUAUGCUGCUGUCAAUGUUUCCUAAAUGUUUUUUUAUUGAUUAUAGACACAUGGAUGGAAACAUGUAGUGGUGUGGUGGAACAGGCAGAGGUUACACGAUCACUGUAGAGGAGGUGGAUGGAGGAGGCUUGUGGUCACGCAGAUGCUACAACAAAGCAGAAGCUGUGUUUUAUUUGCUCUCUGAUCCUCACAUUUGUUCCAGCUGAUGCUGCUUUUUAUUAUUUGUGUCUUUUUAUAGUAUUGUUCCCCCCUCUUUCAUUUCAUUUACAGGACUUGAAGAGCUUUUUCUUUUUUUACCUGAUGUGACCCUGUCGGCCAAAGCAUUGGUCAGUGGUUGGUAUUAAAAAAUAAUAUCUCAGCAUUUGAAUAUGAUCCUUCGGGCUGAUCUGUGACGAGUGCAAGUUGUUUCCAAGGCAGCAGAUUUUCAGAUUUAUUUUUGCAUUCCUUCAUUCCUCCAUUUCACUGGAGAUCUGAAUAUUUUUGAGAAAGAGCAAUCUGGUCUGUGAAACAACAAAAAGAUGUACGAGUCCAGCAUCAUCAUCAUCAUCAGCAUCCAUCUCACAGAUGAGGAAAAUUGCGUAGAAGACAGACAAAUAGCUCCUUGGUGGAUUCCAGAAAACAAAGAGAGGGGAGGAACGACAAGGAAUUUUCCAAAACCACCUUAAGACAAUAUGUCACAGUCGAACACUGGUUCCCAUGUGAGCCCUUGAUACAAAUCUAGACCUGCAACCCCUUGUUACAAAUGAUGCUCGAUUUUCUCUCAGGAUGUUAAAUUUGAAGGAUAUUCAGAAGUUUACUAUAAAAAAGGCUAAUUUGCAUACAAGUAAUAUCAUUAGAUCAGAGGUAGAUUUACUUCUUUCUAAACAUUAAAUGAUCCUGACCACUUCCAAUCAAUCUUGGGACCCUGAGGAGGGGCCAGACCCCUGUGUUGGGAACCACAGUCAUAUAGGUGCUUUUAUAUUGGUAUUAUUGUUUUUAUCAAACACAUUGUUAUUAAUAUCAUAUCGUUUUCUGCAUGCUAAAUUUGUAUAUAUAUAUUUUUUUUAUGUCAACAUUAUUGAGGUAGAGGCUUUAAAAUAAGUCCAGUGG